AUGAGCGACCAGAUGUCCGUCUCUUCUGGUACGACUGGAGUCAUGAGCCAGGGUAGCCAGGCCAAUCCUCAAAGCUACACCAUCCAACAACCAAACCCUCACGCCUACGGCAAUACAACCACGUACUUUUACCCAAGCAGCCACGUCCACAAUCUACCUUCUCACCAACAAGCCCAAAACCAACCUUACAUCUCGUCACCCCCAAUAAGCACAGGUCCACCGCCAUCGCUAACAAACAUCCUGCUUACUUCCGCGCCGCAACAGUUCGCGCACGCGACAGAACACCCCUUCCUUCGUCUGGCAGGACAGGGUAAACUACCCAAACACAUAUUAUCACGGUGGCUCUCCCAAGACCGGCUCUACGCCCAAGCCUACAUCGGCUUCAUCGGCUCUCUCAUCGCCCGCGUCGACUUACCCUACGCAAACGUCGCGGAUAAAUCGACGUCAUUGCGCUGGCGCAUCGUCGAUUGUCUGAGUGGCGCCUUGCAGAAUAUCCACACCGAGUUGAAAUUCUUCGCCGACACCGCUGCCAAGUACGGUCUGGAGUUGGACGCGCCCACACGCGCCGAUGGCAUGUUUACCGCUGAGCAGGCCACAAAGCAAUACAUCGACUUGUUUCGAGCAUUUUGGACCGAUCCCAGUAUGAGCCUGCUCGAGGGUAUGGUUGUGCUGUGGGCGACCGAGACCGUGUAUCUGAGCGCAUGGAACUACGCCAGGUCUUUCUGGGAGAAGCCGACCGCCGAGGUGGGUCGGAACGAAAAGGAGACGACAAAGUCGGAAGGUGUCAUGUCAGAGUUGGAAGGGAGUGAGGUCAACACGCUGAUCAACGACAGCGAGACCACUGGCAGGGACGGGAACGAAAAUAGUACCAAGAACAGCGAGAACGACAGAGCCACGGCCCCCAACACAGAAGGCCACAACGAAACUCUUCGCCACUCGAGCGACCUGGACGGCGGGGCCCUCCGAGACGCCUUCAUCCCCAACUGGACGAGCAGCGACUUUGAGGUCUUUGUCGCCGAGAUUGCCGAGCUGACCGACCUCCUGGCCGAGCGCGAGGACGCCGUCAACCGCAAGCUGGACGUGUACCGCGCCGUGUGGAAGCAUGUCUUGGACGUCGAGCGGCGGUUCUGGCCUGAUGUCAGUGGUGUUGUAGGAGCUUGA